AUGAUGAAUAUUGCUGCCCACUCGAUGGAUCAUGCUGUUACCCUGAUUGUUGUGAUGCAGGAUAAAAUUGCUGCCAAGGCGGCGGGUGUUGUGAUGAAGGACGGCCAGCCCGGAUGCUGCCCCGACGGGGAGGUCUGCACGGGUACUUCAAACGACUGUUCGGACCCAGAUUACGAACCCUGCGAAUCGUUCGACUUCUGCUGCCCUCCUGGCUACACCUGUUUUGAGUCGGGCUGCGAGCCACCGUCGGGCGGCCCUAAUACUAUCGUCAGCACGAAAGCGACUACGCCAGCAAAGAUGUCGACAAAGACGCCAACAAAGACGCCGACAACGGCGCCGACAACAUCAACCACGGCUCUUACUACGAGCCCAGACCCAGUUAUCACUCCAACAAACAACCCUGAGAUGCUCAGCACCGCGCCCACUUUCAGUAGUCUCGAGGACACGGUCUUCCUGAGCAGCCCUGUGACUACAGGAAACGCGACAACUAGUUUACCUGCGUUGCCGAGCGCCUCUGCGCUCGGCGGUGGAUCCUCUACCAGCGGCGGCAUGCGCGCAGCAGGUGUUCCAAGAAGAGCUAUCGCCGUUAUCGCCAGAACUAUGUCCUGCAUGGUUAUAUUCAUGUUGUGA